AGAGUAGUGGCCUUACACUUUCUGUAUGUAUACAUUUUUUCACAACACUGAAGAGCUUCUUCUCUUUCUUUCUCUCUCUGAGACUUGAAUUUGACUUUGCAAGCAAAGUGUAAACCUAAACCCUAGCCUUAUACUCAGCAGUACUAGUAGUAUUUCAAGGAUCAAUUCAACUCCGUUUCUACUUUUUCUCGAACUGAAUCAAUCAAUCAAUCAAUCAAUGUUGAACCUCAUUUCUUCUUAGUCUCUCUUCUCUAUCUAUCUAUCUAUCAUUUUCACAAAUGGGUAGACGUCAUGGUUGGGAACUUCCUUUUCACACUUUUCAGGUGGUGGCUAUAACGGUUUUUUUCUUGUUAUGCAUUGCAUAUUAUGCAUUCUUUGCUCCUUUUCUCGGAAACGACAUUUUCGAAUAUGUCGCUUUUGGUGUUUACUCUCUAAUGGCACUCUCCGUAUUCAUUCUCUAUGUUCGAUGCACUGCCAUCGACCCCGCUGAUCUUGGAGUAGUGCUUGAUUGUGAUAAAACAUCUAAGAAUAGAUCAAAACUUGAUGAAGAGUUGGCAGAACCCAGCAAGAUAGGGCUAAAGGAUGAAGGAAUGUCUGAUCGGCAUGGUUCAAAUGGGUGCUCCAAACUCGGAUGUUGCUUGUGUAGUUUCCUUGCUAUAGAAGAUUGCCGUAGUGAUGAAGAUUAUAUUCAACAGCAGCAAUCUGGAGAGGAGGAUGCUUUGUUCUGUACUUUGUGCAAUGCUGAGGUUCGGAAGUUCAGUAAGCACUGUAGAAGUUGUGACAAAUGUGUUGAUGGAUUUGAUCAUCAUUGUCGGUGGUUGAACAAUUGCGUUGGAAGGAAGAAUUACAUCUCAUUUGUGUGCCUAAUGGCAGUGAGCCUGGUUUGGCUUCUACUUGAAUGCGGAGUUGGAAUUGCUGUGCUUGUCAGAUGUUUUGUUCAUAAGAAGGAUACAGAGUAUCUGAUAGCUGAAAAGCUUGGAGCUGGCUUCACUCGUGCCCCCUUUGCUACAAUAGUGGCCAUAUGCACAGCAGUUUCUUUCCUUGCGAUUAUACCUCUGGGAGAGCUAUUCUUUUUUCAUAUGAUCUUGAUCAGAAAGGGUAUUACAACAUAUGAGUAUGUCGUUGCAAUGAGAACUCUGACUGAACCACCCGGUCCUUCCGUUGACGCGGGUGAGCAACAGAGUCUACCUUCAUCUCCUACCGGUUCAUCUGUGACUGCAAUAAGCGGAAGAAGCUCUGUCGGAAUGAGUUUGCAAAUCAAAGGUGCCUGGUGUACACCUCCAAGAAUCUUUAUGGAUCAACAGGAUGAAAUUAUACAUCAUUUGGAGCCAGGACGUUUACCAUCUACCGUGGAUCCAGAUGCAAUACAACCACCUGACAAAGGGAAAAAAAUAAACCAGCGCCCCGUGCGAAUAAGUGCAUGGAAACUUGCAAAAUUAGAUUCCAACGAGGCAGCUAAGGCAUUAGCUAAAGCUCGAGCCUCAUCAUCCGUGCUUCGUCCAAUUAGUUCUCGAUCUCAUGCAUAUGAUGUAGAUCAUUUAUCAAGUAGCAAUGUGAGUGGAAGAAGCAGCCCUAAUAGCAACCAGGGAUUUCAUAACAAAUAUGAUCCAGCGGGAACAUCAAGAUUAUCUCCUUCCAAGAGCUCAUACCCUCCCAGUCAAGCAAGCAGGGAAGAUUUAGAUGCAUGUCAGCACAGUAUGAGCAACUUUAGCAGUCCUCAAGUCUCCAACCUAACUCCAUCGCCAAUGCAGAGACCAGGUUUGAACAGAGACCAUUUCAACCCCAUGUAUCAGCAACCAUCUGCAAACCAGUCUCCCUCAUCAGCUAAAGAAAGCGAAGGGAAUAUAAAUCCAGUUCAUGGAAAUGGUGCACGUGUGCCAAUGAGAAAUAACAGCUUAGCUGUUUCAGAGGAUAGAAGAUCGUCAGUGUUUUGGGAUCCAAAAGCCGCGCGGUUUGUCCCGAACUCAUCUAGAGUUCAAGGCAGUUCUCAGAUUCCGGGAACAGAGUUAAUGUACACUGGUCGUUCUAUAUUUUUUGGCAGUCCCGCUGUGAAUGAACAGUCAAAUGCAAGAACAGGAAACAGCAGCUCAGUAGCUGGUGUUUCGGACAGAGAUAAUACAACAAGAGAUUUUCAAACAGGUAGAUCACGUAGAGGUGCCCAGCUUCCAGUGUUUGUUCCUGGUUAUUCCCAGCAAAACAAGUUCUCUUAGGGUAUAUGUUUGGAUUGAUGGUAUAACGUUGAAUAGAAUGGAAUGUGAUAACAUCCAUUUUUAAAAUCUAAAUAGUAGAAUGUUAGCCAUUCCAUUCUACUCCAUUUAACCAUUAAUUGCAAUUUUUUCUUCUCUUCCUUUUUAUUUGAAUCAUGUUAUCCUGCACUUUUUAAUCCAUGUCUUCUUGUUGCCACCGCGUAGUUUAGUUCAUUCGAUAUUCCACUGUAUAGGCUAAGGGAUCAUAACAUUUCUCUGUACGAAAAUUCUAGUAAUUUAUUGACCACUAUAAUUGCAUUUGAGUUAUUUA